AUCAUCUCUGCUACCCUGUAGAUUGAAUCUCGAGAAAUUGUAAAAAUUUGUCUACAAUUGUAAAUAAUUCCAUUUUGUGUGUAUAUUAUGCUUUUAAAAUGAGCACAGACAGCGCCGAGGAAACGUUGAGCCAAGCCAUCCCCCAAAUGGAGAUCAAUAUAUCAAACACGAACUCCACAGCCCAGAUAGUACUGAACGACUUGCUGCUCAUGGAGCUGCUCUGCAGGUACCCCUUCCUGUUCGGCGGGCACGAGGAUGCUCAAAAGGACGAGGAUUACGACUCCUGGGGAUGGGAUCAAUUGGCCACAGCCUUCAACGAAAGCUACGAGGGCAUCCAGCUCAGCGCUCCGUUCUCCGUAAGCGAGCUGCAGUGGCGGUGGGACAAACUUCGGCCGCUGGUCGGUGCUCUAGCCAAGGCCAAGGGUCAAAUUCCCGAUCCCCUCUGGCGGGUGGUGGGCGAUGUGCACAGAUGCAUGCAGUCGGAGAAGCAGCCGGAAGUGCCUAAGACCAAGUGCCAGGACUUGCUGCUCAGCCAACUACCCUUUCUAAACUCUCUUUCGAAUUUGCAACGCCGGCGAUUGGAGGUGGAGGUCCUGGACCUCAUUCUGGAGCAGGAGCGCCUGGAAAAGGCCACACACAAGCUGGGUGCCAAGGAACAGGAGGCGGCCCUGAGCGAAUACGACGAGUUCCUCAAGGCAAUACGUGUCAAGGAGCUCCCGGCGGACACUUUGCUGCGUCUGGCGAUGGACGGAUUCUGCAUUUCCAGGGAGCCCCAGUCCAAAAUUCUGAAUGGCAAAAAAUCGGAUUUAAUGAUCAGCAAUGUGUUUAGUGCCCAAGAUGCAAGCAAUGGAGUCAAAAGAGAACCAAAUGAAACCGCAGCUGCAAAAACACCCCAAAAACCCCGCUACGUGCCAUUGAAAAGCGCCAAAUAUUACAUUAGAAACUUACGGAUUCGGGUGAGGCGGAUAGAUUUUGAUGACCACUUGCCACUAGCCACCAUUCGGCGGUCCAGCCGAUCUACGCUGAAUAUCUGACUUUGUUUCGUAUCAAAUGCACAUAAGUUUAUUAAAAAAUACAUUACUAUAAAUUA